GGUGGUGUCGAUAAGAUCGCAAGCACCGUGCAUCUCCCCUGGCUCCAGUCCAGAUCCCCACCAAAGUCAAGAACAAACGCGUACACAAGCUGAAAGGAAGCAGCAAGGAUGAAGUCCAUGGAGGAAGCAGCGUGUUUCGGCGGCCUCGAUCCCGCAGGACUGGCGGAGGUGCCGCAGGAAGCAGCGUCUUUCCGCCGCCUGGAUCCCGCAAGACUGGCGGAGGCGCCGCACGAAGCAGCGUGUUUCGGCACCUUGGAUCUUGCGCUACUGGCGGAGGCGCCGCGGCUGCUGCGCUCCGCCUCUCGAGCCAUGGAGGGGCUGGCCUUCGAGGUCCACUCCUGCGACGUGAGCCGCCUGAACUCGGCGCUUGGGGCCAGGAGGUGCUGGGUGGAGGCCGCCGCCCCCAUCCUGGAGGUUCUCGAGGCGCAUUUGCUGGAGAUCUGGGGCAUCUCUGUCGCCGCCGAAUAUGAGGAGCUUACUCUGCAGGUCAGGGACGCCUUCUACUUCAUCCAGGAUCUUCAAGACAACAUCCACUACCGCAGGUUUCAGUCCAACCCACCCGCUCUCAGGUGGUGUGGUUGGAACUUCCUCCCUUUUGGAAUAAUUGCGUCCAAACCACCCAAGAAGAUCAUCAAGAACAUCAAAGUUGUGAAUCAAGAAACCCACAAGAUUGGCCAUCUGCUGGACAAGGCCACCGGCAGCUCAUCGUCCACUUCGCUGCCGCCGCCAUGGAUGCCUGAUUCAAGCAGGGAAAUUCUUCAGACUACAAUAUUCGUUGGGCGCCACAGGGAGAAGGAUGAUAUUGUCGAAAUGCUCAUCAAGCCAUGUGCCAAGUCUGUUAUCUCCAUUGUUGGUGAUGGAGGAAUUGGGAAGACAACUCUUGCUCAGAUGGUGUUCAGUGAUGCAACAGUUUGGGAGCAUUUUGAUGUCAGAUGUUGGGUGACAGUUUCCAGGAGCUCCAACAAGAUGGAGAUCGCAGCAGAGAUCCUAAGGUCAGUCCAACCGGCUUGGGAAGGCUCUGCUGAGAGGAUGAUGGAUUUUCAAAUGCUUCAGUCCGAGCUCCGCCGAGCUCUUAUAUCCAAGAGGUAUCUGAUUGUUCUUGAUGACGUAUGCAACAAAACAGAUGAAAUCUGGCUGGACAUGCUUACUCUACAGUCAGCAGAUACUGGGAGCAGAAUUAUGGUGAUUUCUCGCAUUAACACCAUGCCUCACAUCCUCUAAGCAUGGCAGCUGUACACCGUGAAUCCGCUGAAUAGCGACGAUUGCUGGGCCCUGCUCAAGGAACAUGCUUUUCCAAGUGAUCAUGGGUAUGCCUAUCCAGAUCUUCACCUGAUUGGAAAGCAGAUUGCUGCAAAAAUCAAUGAAUCACCUCUGGCUGCCAACCUGGUGGGAGGUUUGCUUGCUGAUACAAGGAGCAAAAUUCACUGGAUGAACAUCAUGGAAACAGGAUUACAAGAUAAUGCUGUUUUCUCCGCCCUACGCUUGAGCUAUAAAUACCUACCUGUACACCUCAAGCGAUGCUUUGCAUAUUGCAGUUUGUUUCCAGAGGACUAUAAGUUUGAUCCAGCACACUUGUUACGCCUUUGGAUUGCCGAGGGUUUUGUUCAACCACAAGACAGGGCUGAAAAAAGGAUGGAAGACAUUGCUAGAGAAUAUUUUGAUCAGCUCCUUUCACGCUCAUUCUUCCAGGAAAUCAAGCUUGGAUCCAUGAUGUACUACUUGGUGCAUGGCUUACUCCAUGAUCUUGCAAGGUCUGUCGCAGCGGAGGACUGCUUCUGUAUUGACGAUGGCACGAACUGUGACAUCCCGUUAACAGUGCGCCAUCUGUCUGUCACCAUGAACAGUCUACCUGCUCUCACAAGCUUCCGCAGUCUAAAAGAGUUGCGCACCUUGUUAAUCCGACCGUCACUUCCAUCCAACUCCAGUUGCUCCCAAGAGGAUUUUGCUGUGAAUUUAAAAAAUAUCCUGGAGAAGUCAAAACAGUUGCGUGUUCUUGAUCUCAGUUGCUUUAACUCCAAAGAGUUGCCCCAAUGCAUUGAUGACUUAUUGCACCUCCGUUACCUAUCUAUCCAUGGCUCCAUCCAGAGGCUUCCUGAGUCGAUUGGCAAGCUCGUGCAUCUGCAAGUAUUGUGCUUCACUGGGAAAUGUUCUUUUGAUAAGCUUCCUGAGAGUGUUACUAUGCUGGUCAAUUUGCGGCACCUUCUUGUUCAAACCAAGUAUACUGCAGGAUUGGCAGGCAUUGGUCGGCUAGCUAACCUUCAGGGGUCACUUGAGUUCCACAUUGAGAAGAGGGAAGGGCAUAAACUAGAGGAAUUGAGGAACAUCAAUGGUCUCCGUGGGUUACUAAAAAUAAAAGGUCUAGAAAAUGUUUCAAGCUAUGAAGAAGCCUGCAAAGCUGAGUUGAAUAAGAAAACACAUCUUAAUUCUCUGAAUUUUAAAUGGAGCUCUGCUAGUAGGAAUAAUUCGCCUCCUGCUGACGCAAAGGUACUUGAAGGCCUACAGCCGCACCAAGACAUUAAGGUACUUCAUAUAAGAAGGUAUUGUGGCACCAAAGCUCCCAGUUGGCUACAGUCAUUGCAGCAAGUGCAUUCUUUGCACCUCAUCAAUUGCAGGAGUUUGGGCACCCUUCCUCCAUUGGGAAAUUUGGGAUCACUCAGAUAUUUACACAUGAAGGAUCUGUGUGCAGUUGACCGAAUUGGACAUGAGUUUUAUGGCAACGGUGAUGUGGCAUUUCCAUCUCUAAGUGUCCUUGAAUUUGAUGAUUUCCCAAAGUUGCGUGAGUGGGCUAGAAUAGAGGACAAGAACUCAUUUCCAUGCCUUGAAAGAUUAGUUAUAGUGGAUUGUCCAGAAUUGGUCCAAAUUCCUCCCUUCUCUGCAACUACUCGUGAAGUUCUCAUUGAGCGUACAUGCUUCAUGCCAUACAUGAGGCUUGCGCCUUUUUCUUCAAGGUCAGAGAAGCUCCAGCUGGAUGUUUGCACAACUUCUGUCUACUUCAACGGGUUACUCCAUAAGCAGCAUGUAGAGACUGUUGUAGCCUUAAACAUAAGUGGUGCUGAACAAGUCGUUGUUACUGAAGAAUUAGGGUUGCUUGUUUCUCUACAAAGGUUGCAACUUAGUCGCUGCAACUUUACUGACAAGAAUCUUAGUAGUUUUCUCCAGGCUCUCCCUUGUUUGUCCUCGUUGGAGAUGAUAGACAUGCCUAACUUAACAUCUCUUCCAGCAUCGGAAACACUUAGGUUCAGCACCAUGCUCACUGAGUUGUCCGUACGCAACUGCCAGUUUUUGCACUCUCUGUCCUCACUGCAGUUUUUUGAUUCACUAAAAUUUCUGGUGAUCGAGAGAUGUCCUAAAGUUACUGCAGCAUCAUUUCCGUUGAAUUUUAGGAGUCUUUCAGCUCUGAAAGUGUUGAGAAUAUCAUACUGCUCAGAGCUCCAAUCUUUACCGUUGUUGUGCGGUCUGCCAUCCUCAUUGGAAACACUUAAUAUUAUUGAGUGCCACCCGGAGUAGUCCAAGCAGUCAAGAAACAGGACAGGACAUUACAUUGAGAAACUUGCUUUGAACCCUAGUGUGUUGAUUCAGUGACAGAAUAUUUUGCAGGGAGAGAUGGCACUGCAAACGCCAAGGCCACCCAAAGAGCUUGGACAGGACAUUACGUUUCUGUUUGAACUCUAAAUGCCAAGGCCAUCCAAACGUUUGUCAGUGACAUAACAGUUGCUGUUGUUAAUUCGACCAAACACCUGAAAGUGCCAAUUCUUUCAUGAGCAUGAUGAGCUGAGCACCCUGGGGUUGAAUAUAUCUUCACUGUUCGACUGAAAGUUGGCGAAGGAAUGCGGCGAAGCAUGUGGCUGGAGGCAGGUAGCUGAGCAGGCAGCGCUAGGCAGCCACGCACUCGUGGCGGAUCGGCCGUUCCUAUUCGCCAUUGUCCGCCAUUGUCGAGGAGAAAACCGGAGCCGUUCUGUUCCUUGGCCAUCCGGUCAAUCCUUUCGCUGGCUAAAUGAGCCAUUGACUGAUCUGGGAGCGAGUACAAAAAAUUCCGGUGGAUGCACCAACCUAUGUGGUGUGGCACGAUUGUUUAAAGAUUGUAAGGAUUGUUUAAUUGAUUUGAUGCUACCCACGAUCUGUAUGAUGGUCAUUGUGCUCAGGCGAUGCAGAUGCCAGAUUUGGUUACUGAUACACCAACACGUUGUGAUUGAAAAGGUGUUC